AUGCAAAUAGUUAGACAACAUAAGAGAACUAUAAAAAUUGUAUAAAUUCUGAAUGCACAUAAUGCAAGCCUCAUUAUUUUUUAGUUUAAUUACAAUAAGAUAAUGAUGAAAAUUAUGAAUUAGUGUCUCGAAUUUGUGUUGAAUGGUAUUAAAUGAAUUUAAACAUUAGUCCAUACUAAGCAUAUAUGUUAGAUGAAGAAAAUUUAUAUUGUGGUGAUUGUCUUGAUAAUAGUUUAACUUGGUAAAGACAUAUUUUAACAUAGGAAUUUUAAUAGAUUUUGCAGUUAUGAUUAUUUAACUUAUUCUACAGGAAACUCUGUAUAUCAUAAAAAGGACAGGGCAUCUGUAGAAUUAUUUUAUGUAGUUCAAUCUCAACCAGGAUAUGUAUGUAUGCAAAUAUAAAAUAGUAUUCUACAAUGAUUUGCAAUGGAUGUGAUCAUUUUUGUAAAGAAAAAUCAUAGAAUUGUUUUUUAAUACCAUUUGAAUACUAAAAUAAUAUUAAUAAUAAGUAUGUAAGUUGUAAGGAAGGUUAUGACUUUGAUGAAUAAAGAUAAAUAUGUAUAUCUUGUCCCCAGAAUUGUCAAUCUUGUAUUUAAAAUACUUGUUUAAUAUGUAAUAAAGGAUUUAGUAAAAUGAUAUUAAGAGAGUCAUAUGAAGAUUAGACAACAACAACUUUUUGUAUUCCAUGUUUUUCAUAAUGUAAGAGUUGUUAUUUUGGUAAGAAUGAUGUAAAUUUGAAUGUAAUACCUUGGGAUGCUUAUAAUAAUGAAGAAGGAUUAUAUAAAAAUAACUUUCAAGAAAAUUAAAUUGCAUUCUUUGAAAAAUUAUUAAAUAUUUUUAAAAUAGCUUAGAGAUGUGAGGAAUGUGAGAGUACAACAUAAAUAAAACAUAUACCUUCAUUAAAUAGAAGAUCAUGUGUAUAAUGUGGUACUUAAUGUGCACGUUGUGAAUAUUAUUCAUAUUGGUAACAAGAUAAGGAACUCAUAUGUCCUUCAAAAAAUACAUUAAGGAUAAUUGAACCAUAAAAUGAGAAAGAAACUUAAGAAUUGUUAGAAUCUCAAUAUGUAUUAAGAUGUAGAGAAUGCAGAUAUUAUUCAUAAAUAUUAAAUGCAUAAGGAACUAGUUGUUUUGAUUGUAAAAUUAAUGAUUGUGAAUUAUGUCAUAAAAGUGAAAGUUAGAAAUAAAGUAAAGAUCCAUUUACUACUUUAAGUAUAAAUUUUGAACCACCACCAUAAGAAGGUAUAUAUAUAUAUAUUUAAUAUUAAAUUAGAUGGUUAUAUUGAGAAAUGUGUUCUUUGUAAAGAUGGUUAUUUUUUAACUGAGACUGGAAUGUGUUUAAUAUUUGAUAGUCAAAAUUAACCAGAAUUUGGAUGUUUAACUUUUGAAAGAUCUUAUGAUAUAAAAAAUUGUAGAAAAUGUUAAUAAGAUUAUACUUUAUAUUUUGAUUCAAAAUUAUAAAUUUGGAAGUGUAUAAUUGGUUGUGAUAAAAUACUGUAAGAUCCUCAUUGUGAAUCUUGUGUUAAAUAAAAUGAGGAAUAUCGUUGUUAAAUUUGUAAGGCUGGUUAUUAUGUUGAUACAUUAACUAAUAAAUGUUAACCUUGUUCAAAAGAUGGAUAUUGUCUUAAAUGUUAUACUUUAACUUUAAAUGUUCUUCAUCAUCCAGAAAUUUAUUUUGCUUAAUAUAAAGAGGAUUCUAAACAUAAUCAAGUACUUGGUCCAUUUUGUUAUUAAUGUAUUCCUGAUGAUAUUAAAAUAAAAGGGAGAGGUUAUAUUUUAAAUGAAGAUUUAAGAAAAUGUGAAAAAGGAGGAGAUAAAUGUAAAUCUUUUGAAGCCAAAGGUGAAAAAGGUUUUUGUGAUUAAUGUCUAAAUGAAAGUUCAAGAAGUUCUUCUCCAGAUGGAAAUGAUUGUAUUGACUGUCCUAAUAAUACUUUGGUAUGUAGAAUAAGAAGUCUAGAAGAAAUCUAAAAAAUCAAUUAAUAUUAUAAACCAUCUUAAAGUUUUGAAGUAUAUUCAACUUUAGCCUUAAAAUGUGCUUAGAGUUAAGAAUAUAUGGAUACUAAUUUUGGUAGAUGUCUGGAAAAUAUUUUAAAUGACAGAUAGGUGAUUAUAAAUGUAAAGGCAGAUUGUUCAUAUAAUGAAUAAACAAAUGAUGAUAAAGUAUGGCAUAUUAAUGAUCUAUAUGAAGAAAAAUAUAAUAAGUUUUAGAAUUAAAAUUAUUAAUUAGAUAAAUCACUUUCUAAAAAUGCUACUAUAAUACUUGAAACUAAAGCUUUUUAUAAUAAUGAUGAAAAUUAAGUUAGUAAUCUUAAUUUUACAUAAUUAUAUGUAGAUUUAAAUGAAAAAGGAGUUAAUAAGAUAAUUAUUAAUCUAAUAUUUAGUUAAUCUUAUUCUUUUUGCUUUUUUUAAAAAGAUACAUAUUUCACAACUAAUAUUAAAAAAGAAGUAUUUUCAGCUUAAGAAAUUGAAUUAAAUAUUUAGGUUGAAAAUGAUAAAAAUAUAAAUUGGUAUUUAUAAAAUAACAUUUAUUUUGAAUAUUUUUCAAAAGUAACUAUUUCUGGAAUUAAUGUAUAACCUGCUGUGGAUUGUUAAUUAUUUCCAAAUAUUAAAAAAUUUCAAAAACCAUAUAGUUUUUAAUUCAUAAAAAAUGCUGGUCUUAUUGUAAAAUUAGAAAAUAUGAAAAUUUAAAAUUAUGCUGCAUAUUAACAUUAUUCAAAUAAGAAUAUGUAUACAACACCUUAUAGUUAAUUAUCACUCUUAAAUAAAAAGUUUACACCAUUUUAUUUUAUUUUUACAAAUGUUUAUGAUUUACAAUUAAAUAAUGUUAUUAUUCAAUCUUUAAAUUACUUGUAAUUAAAAGAUACAAAUUAUAAAAUUAAUUUAUUUGGAUUUAAUUAUGAAUAAAAUCUAUAAUUACCUUAUUUUAAUUUAACAAUUUAUAAUGUUAAAUUCUCUGAUAUUGGUAUAGAAGAUCAAUCUAUAUUUGAUUUAGAAUUUAUUAAUUUAAAAUAAAACUUAUUUAAGAUAUUUAUUAAAUAAGUAAGUUUUAAUGAUGUAUAUUUUCUUAAUGGAGCAGGCUUUAUUACUCCAAAAUUUAAUAAUACUUUAAAUGGAUUAGUUUAAAUUGAUAAUUUAUUUAUAAAUAAUACAAAAUUUAAUCAUUCUAGAGGAAUUGUUAAUUUCAAUAAUAUGUAAUAAAUCUAUGUUACUAAUUUUACAUUAUUAAAUUCAUUUGUAAAUCAUACUGUCUUAUAUUAUAUUACAACUAUUUAAAUAGCUAAAUGUUAUAUAUAGAAUACUUAAUUUAAAUCAAAAGGUAGAAUGAUUUAAACUUAACAUGAAUUAUCAACUAUUUUAAAACCUGAUUAUAAGAGAUUAAAAUUUAUAAUUGAAGAAAUAAUAUUUGAACAAGUAAGUUGUUUAACUCCAUAAUGUUUGAUUUCAAUUUCAGGAAUUAAAAAUGAUUUUGAUAUUCCUAUUAAUAUUACAAUGAAGAAUAUUGAAAUAUUUUAAAUUUAAACAGAUGGAUUUGAUCUUAAAAUUUUGAAUGCUACAACAAGUGCUGCAAUUAAAAUAGAAAAAAGUUAUAAUGUAUUCGUAUAAGAUUUUGAAAGCAAAGAGAAUUCUAAUUUAUCAAUUUUAUAUAUUGAUUAAGUUUGGAAUAGUAAUAUUUAGAAUAUUAAAUGUCAUUAAACUAAAAAUCUAAUGAUUAGAAAUAAUUAUUGUUUAUUUAUUAGUAAUCUAUACUAAACUGUUAAAUUGAAAAAUAUAUAUUUAUUGAAUCUAAAUGCAUAAGAUAAUUCAUUUAUAGGUAUAUCCUCUUGGAAUAAUUUGAUAUACAAUACAACUAAAUUAUAAUAAGAAGAAUCUAUUAUCAUUUAAUAAGUUUUAGUAUAACAUUGUACAAUAACAACUACAUAACCUGGAAUUCCAUCAUCUUCCAUUAUAAUUUCAUCUAAUUAAUAACAAAAAGUCUAAUUAUCAUAUAUGUAAUUCAUUUGGAAUAAGCAUUUUAUAUUAAUACCAGGUAGUUUAAGUCCCAGUAACCCAACAUUAAUUAUGAUAAGUAGUGAAGGAAACCUAGAACUCAAAAAUAGUAAAUGGAUAUUCAAUACAGUUCAAGGAUCUGGUGCUGCAUUGUAUUUAGAAUCUGGUUUUUAGACAAUUAAAAAUAUAACAAUGGAAAAUAAUAAUGAUGAAUACUCUAGAGGAUCAUUAGAUAUAUAUUAACCAAAUUAAGGUGGACAUCUUAUGAUAAUAUCAUAAUCUACUACAAUAGAUAAUUGUACAUUUUAUAAUUCGACUGCUAAAGAAGGAGGAAGUAUUUUCAUAAGAACAUUAAAAUAAGGUUUGAUAUUAAUACAGAAUACUUAAAUUAAAGCAUCCUCUACUUAAUUAGAUAGUACAAUUGAUUCAAAAGGAGGUUGUUUAUAUGUUGACUCUAAAGCAUCAAAAUUAAAUAUGACUAUUAUCAAUACUAAUUUUGAAGAUUGUGUUUCAAGACAUGAAGGAGGUGCUAUUUAUAUUUUAAGCUAUUAAUCUUAAUAAUAAGUCUUAAUUUAAGAUACUUCUUUUUCUAAUUGUUUCUCUUUAAAUGGAAAUAUACUGAAGGUUAUCUAUGAUUAAAAUUAAAAAUAAAUCCAAUAAACUAAAAUGAUUAAUAUUGAUAUUCAAACUAAUCAAUCUAAAUAAGAAAGAUUUUUUAAUUAAUUAGGAGUAUUAACAGAAUUAGAGAAAUAUAAGUUUUUAAUAAGAACAUCUUCUAUUGAAUAAGAUUUUGGAGAAAUUAUUUUAAUUAAUAUUAUAUAAUAAGGUUAACUAUAUUAAGGUUUUUUAUCUGUAAAAUAUCCAUCAUUUAUAAAACUAUCUUCAAUAAUUGUUCAAGAUUAAAUAGUGAUUUAUAAUCCUUUAAUAGAGAUUAUAGAACCAAUUAGCAAUCCUAUUCUUAUUGAGACAGUUAAGAUUGCCAAUAUAUCUUCAAUAAGUUUAGAAAAUAUUAAAUGUAACUCAAAAUUAAUUGAUUGGAAAUGUAAAAUACUUUAGAUGAGAGUGGAUUAUCCUUAAAUUAAAAUUCAACCAUCAUUAAUAAAGAUUUAUAAUAUAACAUCAUAAACUUAUUUGACUCUUAGAAAUAUUUUAAUCAAUAAAAUAGAAUGUUAAGAAUGUAUUUAUGGAUUAGUUUAGAUAAUUAGAGUCUCAAAUAUGUUAUUAAUUGAAUUAAUUCAUAUUGAAUAAUUUAGAUGUACAGAUACACAUACAGGUUAUUAUGGUUGUUUAGCAAUAACAUCUGAUUAUGAUCAUAAGAUUUAGACUGUUUAAGAUAAACUGUAUAAUUUUGAGAUAAAAAGCAAUUUGAGUAGAGAAGCAAUUAUGAAUUAUACAAGCAUCGUUCCUUCAUCAGAUUUAUUUUAAGAAUAAAUUAAUGAUUAGAGACUAUUAAAAGAUGAAGAAAAUUAUUAAUAUAUUAUUCCUGAUCCACCUUAUGCAGCCCAUGUUUUAAUUUAAUAAUUAUAUAUAGAGAAUAAUACUUGUUUUCAUGGAUGUGGUUUAUAUGUUUAUGAAUUAACAACAAAUGUUACUAGUUCAUAUAUUACUUAAAAUACUGCUAAAGGUUAAGGAGGAUUUAUCUACUUUUUAUCUUAAGGAAAAAACCGAAUCAAUAUUGCUUAAUGCAGUUGUUACAAUAAUAAAGCUUCAAUAGGUGGAUGUAUAGCAGUUUAUGGAGUAUAUACUAAUAAUUUAAUUAAAACUGGAAAUUAGAUCACAAGAAAUGAGGCUAGUUUAUUUGGAAAUAAUAUUAAUUCAUAUCCUAAAAGUUUGAUAAUGAAAAUUAACGGAGUUGGAUAAAGAAUUGCUAAUUUGAGCAAAGAAAAAUAUUUAAUUUUACUUCCUGUAAUAAUAAAAAGUGGAUAUCCUCUAAUUUCUUAUAAAAAUUAAAAUAUCACCAUUUAAUUCUUAGAUGAUGAAAAUUAAAUACUUAAGUAUUAAGAACCAUCAAUUUUAGAUAUAUAAUUAGAUACAUAAUUUUAAAGCCAUCAAUCUCAUAAUACUUCUCUUGAAUCAUAAAAUGAACCUAGUAAUUGUGAAAUUUCUUUAUUUAAUAAAAAUACAUUUAGGGAAUUUAAAAAUGAAAUUUAAGGAUUUAAUAUUUCUAAUCUAAUAAUUUGUUAUGAUCCAAACAAUUAAAGAGAAAUUAACAUCACUUUCAAUAGUGAUUAAAUAAAAAAACCUAAUUAUAUAAAUCUAUAUCCUUAUUCAUUUACAAAUUUUUAAAAUAAUGAAUAUUAAUUAACUAUAAAAUUUUUACCAAUACUUUGUCUAUUUGGUGAAUAUUAUGUUGAAUAAUAACUUAAGUGUAUAAAAUGUCCAUUGAAUUUCUAUACAUUGGAAUUGAAUUCUAAUUUUUGUAAGGAAAAAGACUGGGUUAAAAUGAAAAACACUUAUGAAUUCAAAAUAUUGUUAUUUGAUAAUUAUUGGAGGCCUGAAAUUAAUAAUGAUUAAGUGGAAUCAUGCUAGAAGUAAAAAUGCAUAGGAAACUAUUAAGUUGGAAAUGAACUUUGUAAUUUAGGUUCGAUUGGAGCUUUGUGUGAAGAAUGUGAUAUUCAUAUGAUAUUUUGGGAAUAGAGUUAUUUUAAAAAUUGGAAUUCUGAUUGCUAAUUAUGUAAGGACCCUUAAAUUUAUUUAUUAAAUAUAUUUGUGAUUUUGAUUUAAAUUCCAAUAUUGUUAUUAUUGGGUCAUAUGUCAAUAGCAAUUAGAAUUAGAAAUAUUAUUUUGAAUAUUCUAAGAUUACUUAAAAGACCAAAAAUUGAACAAAAUUAAUAGAUGUAUCCUUAAGUUAUAUUAAUAAUUAUAUACCAUAUGUAAACAUUAUCAUUUUUGAGAUUUAAUAAUUUAGAUAAUACUUAAUUUUCGAAUUUUAUUGCUUUUAAUUCUAUUUCAAUGCCUGCAUUAAAUUUGAAAGUGCAUUUAUAAUGCUAUAUUGAAGAUGAUCUUUAUUUAAUUUUAAUCUAUUCAUUUAUUACCUUGAUUGUUGGAUGUAUAUUAACAAUAAUGAUUUUUAAAAGAAAGUAAAAAAUCUUUUCAAUUUAAAUUUUCUUUAUAUUAGUCGUCAUUUAUAUUUAACCUAGCUAUUUAAUAGAAUUAGUUCAAUUAACAAAUUAUCGUAUCAUAUCUGGAGACAAAUACAAUUAUGCAAAUGUAUCUUAUCUAUUUGAAGGUAAUGAAAAUUGGAAAUAUAGUAUUUUAUUGAUAUUUAUAUUUUUGAUCAUUUUCACACCUAUUAUAAUAUUUAUUUGCUAUUAUUACUUUUAUUUUACGAGUGAAGAUGGCAAAUCAAGAGUUUUAAAAAAUUGGAGAAGUUUCUACUCUUAUUAUACUAAUAGUGCAUUAAUUUUUUAAUUCAUAUUCAAAUAAGCUAAAUUGAUAAUUUUUAUCAUAAUUUCCUUAAAUAAAAAUUUGGUAAGAAAUUUAUUAUAUAUUUAGGUUCUAAUUAUCCCUAUUUUCUAUUUGUUUAUUAUGAUUAGAUCUUAAUAUAAAUAAACCAAUUUAAAGGAAAAUUACCCUUAUAAAUCCAUUUUUAAUAAUCAAUAGGAAAAUCUAUCUAAUUCUAUUAUAAUUAUAUCAUGUUGUUUAUAUAUUCUCUCUGAUUAACAAAAUUUGAAUAGUAUUAGUUUAGCUGCUAUUAUUUGUUUAUUCAUAAUAAAUAUUUUGUAUUUUGUCAUUAUUCUUUACUAAUUUAUUUAGAAAAAAAUUAGGGAAUAUAUAAAAGAAUAAGUUUCAGAAAACAUUAAAAAUCAAUUAUGGAAAAAAAUUAUUGAUUUUUUAUAACAGAAACUACAUUAUACAAAAGCUGAUUAAGAAAAAAUAAAAAAAAUUAAGGAGAAGUUUCAGACAGCUAUAAAAGACAGCUUGAUAAAAUGGAAAAACGGUAACUUUGAAUGUACCAAUACAUUUAAAUUAAUUAUAAAACCUCGUUUAGAAUAUUAGAAUUAAUAGUGA